UGGAUUACAACAUUUGCGAUAACAUUUUUGUAACCGAGAGUACUUCUCAUCGCCCUUGAAAUCGCAGAAACCUUUAACUAUAUAAGGCCGACAAACACUGUCCAUCGCCACCGGGAGCGUUCGCGUUAGUUUCUCCCGUCCGUGUUUAAGAGUGUCAUUUCCCCCUUCUGUUUUCUUCUCCUUCCCUUCCCUUCUUUUGUCAUCAUGCAACUUUUAAGAUUAUUCCUGGCCGUCGGGGUCAUCGUCGGUGCCUCAGGAGAGAAACACGAGUGCGAGCGCCAGUGCACGGCAGGCGACACACGCACGUGCAUGUACGAAUUCAACAUCAUCGAGUACCACACGCUGAGCAGGGCGUGCUACGACUGCCCCAACACCCUCAGCGACUGCACACGCGAGGAGUGCAUCGUGGCGGACGGCGUGUCGAGGCCGAUGCUCACCGUCAAUCGCCAGCUGCCGGGACCUGCCAUACAGGUGGGGUCUCCAAAUGAACGGUGGAGGUGCGUGCACCGCGGGGACGGCCUGUUCGGGGCCUUCGUGGUGCGGCAGGCACAGGACAAUCUGCAUGGUGCCUACGAGGUGGAUUCCCCUGAUCAUGUGCUGAUCCUACAUGACUGGUUCCACGGGAGCACCAACAGCGAGUUCCUUGGCUUCCAGCACAGCAAAUCCUUGGGCGUCGCCAACAAUAUCCUCCUGAACGGCAAAGGCAGAGAUUUGCACGCUAAGGAGGAGGGCCGGGAGGUUGUGAACACGCCCCUUGAGGUCCUGCAUGUGACUCCUGGCCUCCGUCAUCGCCUCCGCAUCGUCAGCGCCUCCAGCUACAUCUGCCCCAUGGCCGUUAGCAUCGAUAGCCACAGGCUGACGGUCGUUGCUGUCGACGGAGCGGAGGUCGUUCCUCGCACUGUCGACGUUCUGGAGAUCAUCUCAGGUGAAAGAGUCGACGUGGUGUUGGAAGCGAAUCAACCGGUGGAUAACUACUGGAUUCAGGUUCAUGGACUUGUUGAAUGCAGUACCAAGCAGUGCAUGCAGGCGGCAGUGAUACGCUACGAAGGCGCUCCCGAAACUGAACCUUCGGGACUCCUGGAAUACAACCCUUACCCUCCUGGCACUAUUCUAAACCCGUUGUUCCCGAUGGCGGUUGAGGAGGCGGUGGACAUAGUCGACCUGGACGCCCUCAUUCCGUCAGCCAUUCCUCAGGAGGUCGACAAGCAGUUCCACAUUCUGUUUAGCAUGAACGCCGUCAACAAUUCCUUUUUCUUCAACCAGGAGCUUUAUCCUUUCAAUGGCGUUUCACCAGAAUGGCAGAGGGAGAGUCCACAGGUAAACGACCUUACAUUCACGUUCCCUCAAGCCCCGCCCCUUUCUCAGCCUCACAACAGCAUUCCGAAACUCUGCCUCUACGGCCAGGACGUGUCCCCGUUCUGCGAGGGAGACUUCUGCCAGUGCACGUACGUCGUGGAGGUGGAUCUCGGGGACGCGGUGGAGAUGGUGCUCGUGUCCGAAGGGUACCAUCCGUUCCACCUCCACGGAUACAACUUCCACGUGGUCGCCAUGGGAGUGAUCGGCCCCGGCACAACUGUCCAGGACGUGAUGGACUUGGACGCAGCAGGAGGCAUCACCAGGAAGCUGCAGGACGCCCCGCUGAAGGACACGGUCCUGGUGCCCAACGGAGGCUACACUGUCAUCCGGUUCACUGCCGACAACCCGGGCUGGUGGAUCAUGCACUGCCACUUCAUGUACCACUCGGAGAUGGGCAUGGCGGCCCUCCUGCACGUGGGCACCGAGGGGGACCUGCCGCCCGUCCCUCAGGGCUUCCCCUCCUGCGGGCCCUUCCUGCCGGAGAUCUAGGCUCCUGAGGUGGCGUUCCUGACGAGGCUUUUGGGGCCUGAUUUAUGUAUUAUUUCUCUCUGUAUAUUUCCCUUUGUAUAAACGUAAGAUUAAGAGGAAUUCGUUCAGGC